UGCGCAGUGUGGCAUCCGCCCCGGCUGAGGCUAGUGUCGAGGCGACUGCUUAGAAGAGUACCCCAAACCAUGUAACUUCUUCCUCUGCAGACAUUUUUAAUUACGAGAGGCCUGAAUAGGCUGAUUGUAGUCUCCAGAAUGGCAGACCAGAAGCGUCUUGCCUUCUCCAUCAUCCAAUUUCUGCAUGACCAGCUACAAAAUGGGGGUCUUUCUCCAGAUGCUCAGGAGAGCUUGGAAGUUGCCAUCCAGUGCCUGGAGACAGCUUUCGGGGUCUCCAUGGAAGACCAAGAUCUAGCUGUGUCUCGGACCCUUCCUGAAAUAUUUGAAGCUGCUGCAGGAAAGGAGCCUGAACACAUCCGAGCAAAUUCAGAGCCCGUCACCCCCUCUGAAGAUGACAUAGCUGAAGCUGAAAGACUCAAGACUGAAGGAAAUGAACAAAUGAAGGCAGAAAACUUUGAAGCUGCUGUAUCUUUCUAUGGAAAAGCAAUUGAAUUAAACCCAUCCAAUGCAGUAUAUUUUUGCAACAGAGCUGCUGCAUACAGUAAAUUAGGAAAUUAUGCUGGAGCAGUCAGAGACUGUGAAAGAGCAAUAGGCAUUGAUCCAAACUACAGCAAAGCCUACGGAAGAAUGGGCUUAGCUCUCUCCAGUUUAAAUAAACACACAGAAGCUGUUGUCUACUAUAAAAAAGCCCUGGAGCUGGAUCCAGACAAUGAAACAUACAAGUCAAAUCUCAAAAUAGCUGAACAGAAAAUGAAAGAGACCCCCAGUCCAACUGGAGGUCCAGGAGGAUUCGAUUUAGCUGGUUUGCUGAACAACCCUGGCUUCAUGAGUAUGGCAUCUAACCUAAUGAACAAUCCACAAGUACAACAGCUCAUGUCUGGAAUGAUUUCUGGUGGCCAUAACCCAAUGGGAGCAACAGGCACCAGCCCUGCCACAAAUGAUCUUGCCAGCCUCAUACAAGCGGGCCAGCAGUUCGCUCAGCAGAUGCAGCAGCAGAAUCCUGAAUUAAUAGAGCAGCUACGAAGUCAGAUUAGGAGUCGGACUCCGAGUGCGAGUAACGAAGAUCAGCAGGAAUGAGUGGUCUAGCGCAGUCCGUGGAAACUGUUACUUGCUUUAAAAACUGGAAGCCAUGUGCGUGUUGCCAUUUCUUGAGUUGGAAGUGUCCAUGAGAGGGGAAAAAAAAUGGAUAAACAAAACACUAUGUGACCUGCAUGUCAACGACAGAUUCACGCUUUCUUUUCCUGGUCUUUGUCCCUGCUCCUCCCCCUUGGCCUUUCCAUUCAUUUUUUUUUCUUCUGGAAGACCCAGCAAGCUGAACAUGAACCAGCAUCAACAACCUUUCUAAAGAAACUCAGAAAAUUAACUGUAUUGUUACAUUUCUAUGUUAUUUGCUACAUGGGAAUUUUUUUACCCAUUUUUUCAGAACAGUGUACUCUUCACUAUGGGAUGUCUUCACUUUACUGCCCACGUGUCACUUCAAAGAAGUGUUAAUUCCGGCCCCAUUCAAUCUUGCCACAAGUUGUGUGAAGGUAGUGUGUGGGGAUCACCGGAUCUUCUUGCCUCCCAGGACAGGGUUUCUGUUGAUUAGAGCCACCACGUUUCUCAUUCAGGUCUGUAGCAAUGUUGCCAAUGCUGUUAAUCCCCAGGAGCUUGGUGAUCACUGCGGAGGUUUGUGUAAAUGUGUUAGGAGAGGGAAUUGAGACUGAUCAGGUAGAACAUACUCAUUUGUGGCUACUCCUUUAGAGUGAGUAUUUGCAGAGACACUUCUUGGGGUUCUUUCCCAGUUCUGACAAAGCUUGUCUAGUGUUUAGUAAUCAUGGCUAUGUUGUUGGAAUGAUCCAAUCUGUGAACUAGUCAGAGGUGGACAGUAAGAAAGAUAAAGAUAUUAUGUUUUUGAUGUUUAAAGAGGUUUUUCUCUUUGCUUUUUUUUUUGUCUUUUAUGCAUGUGAGUAAUCAACCUGGCUGACUGUGCUAAUGAUGGGUUAGAGGACCCCUGUUUUAAAGAGCAUCUGACAGUUGGAGAGAGCAGACCGAGCGAAAACGCUGCUUGGAUUGGAUAAGAUAGUGAGUGGCUGCUGGCUCAAUGUGGGGGACUGACAAGGAAUGAUUAGGCCUCAUUGUGUAGUGUGCCAUGAGGAAAGAAGCCCUUGUAGCUCUCUAGAGUUACUUGCAGCCUUCCAGGCCCUCUGAAAUGGCCUGUGUUGUUCCCUGGAUGACCAGGAAGCUUGAGCAAGUCCCCCCUAGAAUUCCCUACUGCUGAAGCCAGAGAGGUUUUUAUUAAUGUCAGAAUCGUUUUUUAAAGUAGUCAUUCAGAUUGUGUUGGGAAAGGCAUGUUUAAGAUCUUAUUGCCAGGCAGAUAAACAUCUGGUUUGGAGUCAGAUGGGCAUGAGAUGGAAACUGCCCUUUUGGGAAGGCCUGUGCUGCGAAUGAG